AUGUAAUAGUUUUCAACCCAAAUUGAAUUUUAGGAAGACUUUGAUUUUAAAAAUUCUAUCUUACUUGGUCAAGGAACAUUUGGGAAGGUUUUCAAGGCUAAGGCUCUUAAAUCUUUGCCUCAAGGAUAUUAUGCUUUGAAGAUAAUUGAAACCUAAAGGUAUACGAAUUUAGAGCUUAGCGAAUAGGCUUAUGAGUUGGCUAUUUAAGAAUUAAAUUUGUAUUCAGCAAUAACGUAUCACUAGAACGUUAUUAAGGUUUACAAAGUAUAUUCUUGGAAAGAUGAAAUGCCGUUUAGGAAAUUUGUAUUAGUGUUUGCAAUGGAAUUAGGAAUAAAUAGUCUUAGAUAGGACAUCGAGGAGAGAAGGAAAAAUCUGAAAGAAUAUGGAGACAUGUUGAUAAUAGACAUAAUGAAUUAAUGUUUGAGAGCAUUUCACUAUUUAGCCAAGAAUAAGCAUUUAUUCCAUAGGGAUAUAAAGCCAGAAAAUAUCUUAGUAACAAGUUUAUAACCAUACACUGUUAAACUAGUUGAUUUUGGGGCUGGAAAGGAGAAUUUUCAUGGAUAAGCAAUGUUAAAUACUUUGGUAGGGACACCUUUAUUUUUGUCACCCAAAUUAUACGUUGCUUAUUCAAUGAACUAACCUGGAAAAGUGAAACAUGACUUAGAAAAGAGCGAUGUAUUUUCUUUGGGUAUAACAUUCUUGCAAAUGAUUCUACUACUUCAUGAUAGGGAUUUGUCAAAGUUGAAUGAUCCUAUCAUUUAUGACGAUAAAACUGGAGAUCCAAUUGAUACAAGUGAAUAAUUUGCUUUGAGAAAAGACUGUCAAGGGUGGAAAAAACUAUAGAAUCACAUAAAUAUCAUUAAGCAUCCUUCGAUCAAAGCUUGUAUCUACGGAAUGACAGAAUUUAGUGAAAGGAACCGAUUCACGUGGUUCUAAGCUUUAACAACAUUAGAUCCGGAUUUCAAGGAUGAUGAGAAACCAUAGAUCCAGAAACCAAUAUAGUCUCAUGAGUAAAAAUAAUAGGUUAUUUAAUCCUACUCGAAUGAAAAUACAACACUCAAAUUUCUAGGAACUCUGAAUGAUGAAAAUUAUCAUGAUAAGAUCAUUUCAGCUGGAAAUCAAAUUCUGUCCCAUUCAAAGGAAGGUGUAAGACUUAUCUCAAUUGGAGGUACAGUAGAAUGGAUUUUUAACCAAAAUGUUAGCUUUUUAUCAUAUCUUCCUUCCCUUGAGAUUUGUGUAGGAUUAACAAGUUUCGGGGAAAUAUUUGGAAUAAAUCUAAAAAAUAAAUCAUUUAUUUGUGAAAGGAUUAUUCAUUUUCAACAUGAUACAAUUAGUGUUAUGAAAUAUAUGAGGAAGGACCUCUGUAUAUUGGGAACAAAGUUUGGAGAAAUCAUGAUAUUAGCAUUUGAUACUUAACCUCCUUCUGUAAUUAAAAAAUACAAAGAACUUGAUAGGGCAGUUGUAGAUCUAGUAUAUGAUGAUGAAGUCAAAUAUAUAAUAUCAACACAUGACAAUUCAGCUAUCUUUUGUAAAUAUUUAGCGUAUGAAUAAACUGCUAAAUAUAUUUAUGAAACUUAAUUGAAUAAUUUAAUCUUGAUCUCAUCUGAAUAUUUCGCAGGAACAACAAAAGACUAACCAGAAAUUCCUAUUUUUUAAAUUCGAGAUGGUAAUAAAUUAAAAUUCACCUUAGGUGUAAUAAACUUAGUUUAAAUAUAUUAAAUACAUAAUAAAACAGUCCCUUUAUCACUAGCGAUGUCAGAUAUUUACCUUGUUUGGGUGAGUUAAAAAUUCAUAGGGUCAAUUUAAGUGGAUGGUGAUCUUAGCAAAUUAAAUGAAGAAAAAGGUAAAGAGUUAAUUGUUAAUGCCUCAAAGCCAGCUCAUUUAAUAACAACAGUAUAGAAUGGAAAAAUAAUUGCUGCUAGUGAUGGAAACAAAUUACAUUUAUACUAAAUAGUCUCUCAAAAUUGUGAAAUAUUUUGA